AUGAAGCAUUUUUUGAGAGUGGUGACCCAGUUCUUCGUGUUCCUCUACUGUAAAUGUCUGUGGCGGGGCUUGAAGUUUGUCGCCAGGAAGUUUACGGGACGUUGCGAACUGCAGCGAAUCUGCUACAACAACAAGCACGGAGCCCGCAGGACCCUCAAGAUAGAGUCGUCUCUUAGGUACUCCAAGAAUGAGCUGCUGCAGUCUGCCCUCAGUGUCCAUCCUGAUAAAGUGGAGAAAACCAUUGACGACAUCAUGGCUUUGAAGAAGAUAAACCCUGACAUCAACCCACAGCUGAGCAUCUCUCUGCAGGCCAGUCUGCUGCAGAUUGUGGGCUACAGGAGCCUGGUGGCAGAGGUGGAAAAACUGCGCAGGGAGCCUUACGAUUGCGAAAACACCGAGCAUGAGGACAUGCUGAUGAAGCUAUGGAAGGAGCUGCGUCCUGACACGACUCUCACCGGUCGCAUCUCUAAGCAGUGGUGUGAGAUCGGUUUCCAAGGCAGCGAUCCCAAGACUGAUUUCAGAGGCAUGGGCCUGCUGGGCCUGCACAACCUGCUGUAUUUUGCAGAACAUGACAAGGCUACCGCUCUGCAGAUGCUGCACGACUCCCUGCAACCAAAGCACAAUGAGGCAAACAAGCCUGAAUGGGAGCAGAAGAACCUCGACAAAGCUAUCGGCUACUCUUUUGCCAUUGUGGGCAUCAACAUUACAGACCUGGCCUACUCUCUGCUGGUGAGUGGAGCUCUGAAGACUCACCUGUACAACGUGGCCCCAGAGAUGCCGAGCCUGCUGCACUUCCAGCAGACCUUCUGUUACCUGAUGCAGGAGUUUCACCGUUUCUGGAUCGAGGAGGAUCCCAGCGACAUCAUGGAGUUCAACCGUGUCCGCUCCAAGUUCCACCGGAGGAUCCUGCGACAGCUGAAGAACCCAGACAUGGCUCUGUGUCCCCACUUCUCCGCCUCCGACCUCCACCUGGUCAACCUCUAA